AUGCCCUUCUUUCCAUCACCCCGCCCCAUUCUCCCGCUUUCCAUCACCCCGCCCCAUUCUCCCGCUUUCCAUCACCUCGCCCCAUUCUCCCGCUUUCCAUCACCCCGCACCAUUCUCCCGCUUUCCAUCACCCCGCCCCAUUCUCCCGCUUUCCAUCACCCCGCCCCAUUCUCCCGCUUUCCAUCACCCCACCCCUUUCUCCCUCUUUCCAUCAACCCGCCCCAUUCUCCCGCUUUCCAUCACCCCGCCCCAUUCUCCCGCUUUCCAUCACCCCACCCCAUUCUCCCGUUUUCCAUCACCCCGCCCCAUUCUCCCGCUUUCCAUCACCCCGCCCCAUUCUCCCUCUUUUCAUCACCCCGCCCCAUUCUCCCUCUUUCCAUCACCCCACCCCAUCCUCCCCCUAUCCAUCGCCCCGCCCCAUUCUUCCGCUUUUCAUCACCACGUCCCAUUCUCCCUCUUUCCAUCACCCCGCCCCAUUCCCCCUCUUUCCAUCUGCCUGCCCCAUUCUCCCGCUCUCCAUCACCCCGCCCUAUUCUCCCUAUUUCUAUCACCCCGCCCCAUUCUCCCGCUUUCCAUCACCCCGCUUUCCAUCACCCCGCCCCAUUCUCCCGCUUUCCAUCACCCCGCCCCAUUCUCCCUCGUUCCAUCACCCCGCCCCAUUCUCCCUCUUUCCAUCACCUCGCCCUAUUCUCCCUCUUCCCAUCACCACGCCCCAUUCUCCCGCUUUCCAUUACCCCGCCCCAUUCUCAAACUUUCCAUCACCCCGCCCUAUUCUCCCUCUUUCGAUCACCCCUGCCCCAUUCUCACGCUUUCCAUCAUCCCGCCCCAUUCUCCCGCUUUCCAUCACCCCGCCCCUUUCUUCCUCUUUCCAUCACCCCGCCCCAUUCUCCCGCUUUCCAUCUGCCCAACCCAUUCUCCCGCUUUCCAUCACCCCGCCCCAUUCUCCCGCUUUCCAUCACCCCGCCCCAUUCUCCCGCUUUCCAUCACCCCGCCCCAUUCUUCCGCUUUCCAUCACCCCGCCCCAUUCUCCCUCUUUCCAUCUCCCCGCCCCAUUAUCCCUCUCUCCAUCACCCCGCCCCAUUCUCCCGCUUUCCAUCACCCCCCCCUAUUCUCCCUCUUUCCAUCACCCUGCCCCAUUCUCCCGCUUUCCAUCACCCAGCCCCAUUCUCCUUCUUUCCAUCACCCCACCCGAUUCUCCCGCUUUCCAUCACCCCGCCCCAUUCUCCCUCUUUCUAUCACCCCGCCCCAUUCUCCCGCUUUCCACCACCCUGCUCCAUUCUCCCGCUUUCCAUCACCCCGCUCAAUUCUCCCUCUUUCCAUCACCCCUCCCCAUUCUCCCUCUUUCCAUCACCCCGCCACAUUCUCCCGCUUUCCAUCAACCCGCCUCAUUAUCCCUCUUUCCAUCACCCCGCCCCAUUCUCCCGCUUUCCAUCACACCGCCCCAUUCUCCCUCUAUCCACCACCCCGCCCUAUUCUCCCUCUUUCCAUCACCCCGCCCCAUUCUCCCGCUUUCCAUCACCCCGCCCCAUUCUCCCGCUUUCCAUCACCCCUCCCCAUUCUCCCGCUUUCCAUCACCUCGCCCCAUUCUCCCGCUUUCCAUCACCUCGCCCCAUUCUCCCUCUUUCCAUCACCCCGCCCUAUUCUCCCUCUUUCCAUCACCCCGCCCCAUUCUCCCGCUUUCCAUCACCACGCCCCAUUCUCCCGCUUCCCAUCACCCCACCCCAUUCUCCCGCUUUCCAUCACCCCGCUCCAUUCUCCCGCUUUCCAUCACCCCUCCCAAUUCUCCCUCUUUCCAUCACCCCUCCCCAUUCUCUCUCUUUCCAUCACCCCACCCCAUUCUCCCGCUUUCCAUCACCCCGCCCCAUUCUCCCGCUUUCCAUCACCCCGCCCCAUUCUCCCGCUUUCCAUCACCCCGCCCCAUUCUCUCGCUUUCCAUCACCCCGCCCCAUUCUUCCGCUUUCUAUCACCCCGCCCCAUUCACCCCGCCCCAUUCUCCCUCCUUCCAUCAACCCGCCCCAUUCUCCCGCUUUCCUUCACCCCGCCCCAUUCUCCCUCCUUCCAUCAACCCGCCCCAUUCUCCCUCUUUCCAUCACCCCGCCCCAUUCUUCCGCUUUUCAUCACCCUACCCCAUUCUCCCUCUUUCCAUCACCCCGCCCCAUUCCCCCUCUUUCCAUCAACCCGCCCCAUUCUCCCGCUUUCCAUCACCUCGGGGUAAUGGAAAACGUGAGAACGGGGCGGGGUGAUGGAAAGCGGGAGAAUGGGGCGGGGUGA